AGUAGCUUUCACUGGCUGUGUGUCGUCAGCGUAUGAACGGAUUGUUGCCCUUUUACUUGGAUUUAUAAAACCCCACCGACCCCAUACAUCACAAUGUGGGGCUAAAGAACGAAACCCUGCAUUACUGUGUCUAAACAACACCCAUUCUCCUCCUGUGACUGUCCAAACUGAGGAUCUGCUCCGGCCAGCGCAGCGAUCAUGUCGGGGAAAAUAGAAAGCAAGCACGAAUCUCAGAAGUCUCACCUCUCCUCUUUCACGAUGAAAUUGAUGAAAUUUCAUUCACCAAAGAUUAAACGAACUCCAUCUAAAAAAAGCAAACAGCUGCAGCCGGAGCCUGCAGUAAAAACUCCAGAGAAACCUGUCAACAAGAAGGUGAGCCGAUUGGAGGAGCAGGAGAAGGAGGUGGUGAGCGCUCUGCGUUACUUCAAGACGAUCGUGGACAAGAUGAGCGUCGAUUCCAAAGUUCUCCAGAUGCUUCCCGGAUCAGCCAGUAAAGUUCUGGAGGCCAUUCUGCCUCUGAUGCAGGUGGAGGCUCGAAUACAGCACAAUUCGGCGAUGUCCUCCUGUCAUAACCGUGUGUAUCAGAGUUUGGCGAAUCUCAUUCGCUGGUCCGACCAGGUGAUGCUGGAGGGUAUCAACCUUGAUGAUAAGGACACUGUGGCAGCCGUCACCACAGUGAUCAAAGGUGUGCUGGACGGCGUGAAGGAGUUGGUGAAACUCACUAUAGAGAAACAAGAGCAACCGUCCCCGACGUCCCCCAGCAAACCAGCGCCCCCUGUGGUCAAAACAGAGAGUGUGUGUGAAAAUCCUUUAACUGAACGAGAGAAGGCGAUCCUGAGCAAGACCACACCCAUAGUCACGCCCACUGACAGCUUGACUGACAUGUCAGAAGAGGAGGUAGCUCCGCCUAAACCUCCUCUACCAGGGCUGAAACUAGCAGAGCACAGCCCGCCCGCUCUGCCUCCGAAGAAACGCCAGUCGGCCUCCUCCCCCACGCGUGUUGCCGUGGUAGCGCCGAUGAGUCGAGUCCCAUGUGGUGUCAACCUGCCUCCUGGAGCCCUGCGACAGCAGCAGGAAUUUGAUGCGGACCUCCUCCAGAGGCGGUUCUCCGGUGGCAGCCAUUCAUACGGCGGUGAUUCGCCCCGCCUCUCGCCCUGUAACAGUAUAGGAAAACUCAGCAAGUCGGAUGAGCAGCUGUCCUCUCUGGAGCGAGACAGCGGGCAAUGUUCUCGCAACACAAGCUGUGAAACACUAGAGGGAUAUGAUCCAGAUUAUGACUUCCUGCAUCAGGAUCUGUCCGUAUCUGAUCCGUUACCAUUUCCCACGGGAACCUGCAGCAGUCUGAGCCCUCUCCCAGAGUGCCACGGGGAAACUCAAACGUUAAGCCCUGUCCCAGUCCCCACCCACCCCCGUUUCAGCGCUCCGGUGACCAAUCAGGCUUGCGUGGACUACUUGACCUCACCCCUUACGCCCGGAACCAACAAUAGCGUUCUUCCCCCCGCCCUCCCGCAGAAAAAGCGCAGGUCUGCACCAAUCAUUUCGAGUUACCCUCUGUAUGAGCGCCUCCCAUCGCACUACGACAACCUAUCAGAAGAGGAGCAGCCCACGCCGCCCUUCCCACUGGUGACACCAGUAUCGCCUCUACCACAGGUCAACGGAGACGACCUCUCACAGUGUCAAUACGCUGACAGCCCACCGCCGCUUCCCGAGAAGAAGGGCAAACAAAUCCUGCAGUACAUGCAGUUUGUGGAGGAUUAUUCGGAACCGCAGCCGUCCGUCUUCUAUCAGACACCACAGAGCGAGAGUAUUUAUGAGCAGCGGAGGAAUAAACGUUUUCAGGAGGUUUACGGAUUUAACGAUUCCUACAGCAGCUCGGACUCCGUGCACGAACCCAUCCCACCUCCAGCGCUGCCACCCAAACAGAGACAGCUGGCCUCCUACGCCUGUCCCACUUCAUCCUCCUCUUCCUCUCUUUCAAUUCAUCCUCCUCCUGCUGGGCUUCCGGAGGAGGCGGAGCCUGCUCUUGGUGUAUGCCUAUCAGUGUCUAACUCCUUCCUUAGUGGCCACACCUCUUUGACCACACCCGUGAGUUCCGAUUUGAUUGGCUUGACCAAUGCCAGCAGAGCUCUGGAUGGUGGGGGUGUCCCUAACGGGUCCUUGACCAGCUCUCUGGUUUCUCUGGCUGUCUGUCUUCCUUCCGAGUCAUCUCUCUCUGACUCACUGCUUACCUCUGCGAGUGAAAGUAUUGACGAAGGUGGCGAGGGAGAAUACGUGAAUCUGUACUCGUCCACACAGCCUAACGGAGAUAACACACACCGCACUGACACUUUAUCUUGUGAUGAUGUGCUUCAAGACCACGCCCCUCACAUACCCUCGUCCAAUAGCAAGGAAGUGUUGUCUAAAGACAGGUUGAAGCAAUCCAGCCAUGAUCCGGUGGAUGAUGUUGAUGAAUUGUCCCUCAUUGAUCACAAUGAGAUUAUGAACCGCAUCACACUCAAAGCAGAGAAUGAUGAUGGUCCUGAUGUGAGAGCCGGCUCUGGUGAUAUACUGUUAGUUCAUGCUACAGAAACAGACCGCAAAGAUUUGGUGUUGUACUGCGAGGCUUUUCUCACCACCUACAGGACGUUUAUAACGCCGGAGGACCUCAUUAAAAAAUUACACUACAGAUACACGCAUUUCUGUCACAGUCCAGAUACGUUUAAGAAGCGCGUUAGUAAAAACACGUUCUUCGUGUUGGUGCGAGUCGUAGAUGAACUCUGUCUUGUGGAGUUGACGGAGGACAUCCUGAGGCAGUUGAUGGAUCUUGUUUUCCGGCUGGUUUGUAACGGGGAACUGAGUCUGGCAAGAGUUCUUCGGAAGAACAUUUUAGAUAAAGUGGAACAGAAGAGACUCCUGCAACACAUGCACACGCUCAAACCGCUUGCCGCAAGAGGCGUCUCUGCCAGGCCUGGCACGUUGCAUGAUUUCCGCAGUCAUGAGAUCGCAGAUCAGCUGACAUUGCUGGACGCAGAACUUUUCUACAAGAUCGAGAUUCCUGAGGUGUUGCUUUGGGCAAAGGAACAGAAUGAAGAGAAAAGUCCAAAUCUGACCCAGUUUACAGAGCACUUUAACAACAUGAGCUACUGGGUGCGCUCUAUAAUCAUCCAGCAGGAGAAAGCUCAAGACAGAGAGAAACUUCUGCUCAAAUUCAUCAAAAUCAUGAAGCACUUGCGGAAGCUCAAUAACUUCAACUCCUAUUUGGCAAUACUUUCUGCGUUGGACUCUGCACCAAUCAGACGACUGGAAUGGCAAAAACAGACAUCUGAGGGCUUGGAGGAGUACUGCACUUUGAUUGACAGUUCGUCGUCUUUCCGAGCUUACAGAGCUGCAUUAUCUGAAGUGGAACCUCCAUGUAUUCCCUACCUGGGUUUGAUUCUACAGGAUCUGACGUUUGUUCAUCUUGGUAACCCAGAUUUUAUUGAUGGGAAAGUGAAUUUCUCCAAACGCUGGCAGCAAUUCAACAUUCUAGACAGCAUGAGACGAUUCCAGCAAAUACACUACGAACUGAAACGGAAUGAAGACAUCGUCUCGUUCUUCAACGACUUUAGUGAUCAUCUAGCCGAGGAGGCAUUAUGGGAACUUUCGCUCAAGAUCAAACCGCGAAACAUCUCGCGGCGCAAGACGGACCGAGAGGAGAAGACCUAGAACCUCAAAUCUAGAACCUUAGAGACAAUUUAUAGUGAGACCUGAACCUCCUUCUGAACCUUAGGAACCCAUGCUAGGCUGUUUCAGAGUUCUUUGUCUGGUUCCGGAACUGAUACAUGAGAUCCAGUUUGCACCAAUAAACUGCAACACCGGCAGUAUUUUCCCCGAUUGGCUUUUACACUCAAGAGGAAAUCAUAACUCAGUAUAAAUAAAAGAAUAUUUACAGAUACUUUAACGUACACCCUCGGACACACAUAGAGGGUGAAAGAGGACUCAAACGCUACAAUAUAAAGCAAAAUCCUCAGAACCUUCUAUGCGUGUGUGGGUAUAUAGUGCGACGCACACUCUAAGAGGGCUUUGUUCAUUUGAUAUUAAUACACUGUGCUUGUUGCAGUGAGUUCAUUUUUGUUUGUCUCGCUCGGAUGUUUCGUUUGGCCUUCCAAAGGUCAGUCGCCCUUUCAGACUGAACUGUUGAUGUACUCGCCAAGUUGGUGUUGCCCAGUUGGAACUGUGCAACUGAGUCGACCAGUCACCAUUCAGACUGUUGGAUUGGGACACGGGAGGACAACUGUGCAAUCUUUCACCGUUAUAAAGGAAUAUUCACUGAUCUGUUGAAAUUAAUAUUAUUUGACAGAGACAAUGAGUAAUGGACUAUAUGGAAUAUAUUAAUUAGAAAAUUAAAGAAUGAACUGGAUGUUGGACUCAUUUCUUAUGUCAACUUUCUAUCGUUUUGUGUGUGACCUCGUGCAACCCUCGAUAUAACUGUUUACCCUGUUGCUAUGCUGACAGCCCCUGUUUGGCUGAAUCUAGCAAAAACGUUUGAGAACAAUUCUGGGUCAUGUUUCAGACUGAAAUAAAAAGAAAAAUAAUAUAAAAGUUAUUUUUUGCCUAACAAAUUUAAUCCUGUUUUUAGGACCAUUACAAUUUUGCAUUGUGAAAUACUUUUUAUGAUAAUUAAAUGCAUUUUCUCCCCCUUCCUGAUUGUCAGUAGCCUACUGUAAUGCACAAAAAAUCUCAUUCUCAUUACUGAAAAAAAAAAAAAUAUUAUAAAGUGCAUUUUAACAAUACAAUUUAAGUAUAUAUCAUGGCAGUAUUUGUUGCACUAAAUUAUGCUGGGCCUCAUUCAUUAAACAUGAUGAGAUCAAGAGUUAAUGCAAGCAUGCCAAAUUGUAUGCAACAGUUUACAUAAUGUUUUUUUUUUCUGUGAAUGAUUCAUAGAAAUUUGGCCUUGAACUAGUAAAUCGUUAGUAAGGCCAGUCUUAUGUAAUUUGUUGAAUUGAACGCGACACUUUACACUAGAAUGGUUUUACGAACAGUUCACACAGAAAUUUGGCCCUGAACCCGUAAAUCGUUAGCAAAGCUAGUCUUGCGUAAUUUGUCGAAUUAAAUGCAACCGUUUACAUAAAGUUUUUUUACGAACAAUUCACACAUAAAUUCAUCCACAAACCUGUAAAUCUUUAGUAAGGCCAGUCUUACGUAAUUUGUUGAAUUGAACGCGACACUUUACACUAGAAUGGUUUUACGAACAAUUCUCACAGAAAUUUGGCCCUGAACCCGUAAAUCGUUAGCAAAGCUAGUCUUGCGUAAUUUGUCAAAUUAAGUGCGGCAGUUUACAUAAAAAUGUUUUUUACGAACGAUUCACACAGAAAUUGGCCCGUGAACUCGUAAAUCAUUAGGAAAUCCAGUAUUAAGUAAUUGACGAAUUAAAUGCAGCAGUUUACAUCAAAUGUUUUCUACAAACGAUUCGCACAGAAAUUGAGAACCUGUAAAUCUUUAGUAAGGCCAGUCUUACAUAAUUUCUUGAAUUGAAUGCGACAGUUUACUGUAUAUAAAAUUGUUUUUAUGAACGAUUCUCACAGAAAUUUGGCCCUGAACAGUAAAUCGUUAGUAAGGCCAGUCUAACUUAAUUCGUCACAUUUAAUUAAAUGCUGCAGCUUUUUUGAAUGAUUCACACAGAAAUAUUCUCUGUUCGUAUUUUCCAUUGUGUCCAAAGUAACAGGAUGAUUUUCAUUGCUGUAUUACAGUCUUAAGAAUAAUAAUAAAAAAAUAAAUAAUCACAUUACAGAAAUGAGAAUAGGAUUUUUUUAAUUUUUUUUUAUGAAAAUCUAGGGAGAAAAAUUGCUUAAUUUUCAUGAAAAUAAUGUCACAAAAAAAGAUAAAUAAAUAAAUAAAAAUCAAGCUGGUCCGAAAAAAGCUUCGUUUUUUAAUGCAAUUUUUUUUCUUUUGAUUUUUGCCGUAAAAAUGUCCCCAGACAUUUCUUCGUGAGAUUCACCGCUUUCCUGGAAUGGACUAUGAUGUCAUAGAGAGGGGCAAGGCUCAGCAUUACCUGGCGACGAGCAGUUUUGAACACAUGUGGAUGUUUCCGGUUCUUUUGGGAUGUGUAUGAUACGUUAUGUAUAAAUGUAUGUGUACAGCUGUGAUGUAUAAUAGCCGAUCAUGUAGAGGGUGGUUAUGAGCAAAGAUCUUUUCAAGCCAAAUCAAUCAUGCACUAAAAUAACUAACAAUAUAUGGCAAAAAAACACAGUGACUGAAUAUGCUGUGGUAAUGGUUUUUCUACAGAAAGUCAUUCACAUAUAGGAGAUGGAAAGCUAUGACUGCUUUCUUCAGUGUUUGUUUGUGCGGCACCUAUGAUGUUGACAUUUACCAACUCCUGUUUUUUUUUUUUUUCCCUGUUACACCUAUAACAUCCUGUAUAUUUAACCAAUAAAACUGCUCACUUUGUA